GGUCCCAUGGGACCGGUCACAUGACCAUAAAAUGGCGAAAUUUGAUAAAUUUUGAAAACAUUUAAAAUUCUUAACGUUUUUGUUAAUUGCAGUGAAAUUCAGCCUUGCAAAGUGCAAUCAAGAUGUUGAAAACAAGUGGAGUUAUUCUGAGACUGUUGAGAAGUGACUGUCAUUUCAAUGCGCCUAGUUCUUACCUCCAUAAUACAUUUUGUUUGAAAAAUCAAAAUCUUGAAAAUCACCGUCAUGAAAAAAGAUCACGACCAGCAUCUUCUCAACAUACAGCCCGACAGUUGGAUUCAAUAUUCUUGAUGGGGAGCCCAGGUUCUGGUAAAACAACAAUAGGACGUAUAGUUGGAUCUUUACUUAAUAAGCCUGUGAUAGACAUUGAUGACCAUGUCCUUGAACCACACUGGGGAAUACCUGUGUCUCAAAAGCUUCAUGAAGUUGGAGGCGACAACUUCAUAUUGGAAGAAGGCAAAGCACUACUUGAAUUCACCCCAAUUGAUUCUGUUGUGUCAUUAACAGGCUCCAAUCCAAUGUACGCACCAGCUAUGGAACAUUUACGCAAUUAUGGUACAUUUGUUUUCAUCGAUGUCCAGAAUGAAGAUAUUGUACAAAGAUUAGAAAAAAUGAAAGUUUCAAGAAUUGUAGGCCAGGAGGCAGGAGUUCACAUGAGAGAUAUCUUACAGUAUCGGCAGCAAUUUUAUGAAGCGGGUUAUGAUAUCCGAGUCAUAUGUGAACAGUUUGAAUCGCAAGAUGAUAUUGCAAAGAAGAUUGUCAAGGCACUUGAAGCAUCUAAGGCUGAUACAUACAUAUCAACAAGGAAUGAAAAGCUUGAUAAUCAUACAAAUCAAUUCAUCACUUUCAAUGAUGUUGUUUUGAAAGGCUUGGCUCCUGAUGGAGGACUCUUUGUCCCAGACAGAACAGUCCCAGAAUUAUCUCUAAAACAAUGGAAUCGUCUAAUUGGUUUGACAUUCCAAGAUAAAGCAGUAAGAAUAUUAGAGCAAUGGAUUUUAGAUUUCCGUAGUGUGUCUCAACAAGACUUAAAGGAAUAUAUCAAGAAAGCAUAUUCCAGCUUUAAUUGUCUUAAGGUAGCUCCUGUGGUUCAUUUACAAGGGAAACAGUAUAUACAGGAGUUGUUUCAUGGACCAACAGCUUCAUUUAAAGAUCUUGCACUACAACUGAUGCCUCAGCUAUUCCAACAUGCUGUUUACAGCUGUUCUGCUAGUAAAAGUACAUCAGCAAGGUUCCUGAUCCUUGUGGCGACAUCUGGUGAUACAGGGGGAGCAGUCCUAGAUGGCUUCAGAAAGCUUAAAGAUGUUACGAAUAUUGAUGUGAUGGUCCUCUAUCCCCAACAAGGUAUCAGUUCAAUCCAGCAACAGCAGAUGACAUCAAUGCAGGGUGACAAUCUGCAUGUUGUAGGUGUUGAUAGCGACUUUGACUUCUGCCAGUCAACGAUCAAGUCUAUCUUCAAUAAUGACAGCUUCAGGGAAGAGCUUAAUGAAAAACACAAUUGUCAAAUUAGUGCAGCAAACAGUAUUAACUGGGGUAGGUUGCUUCCCCAGGUGGUCUACCAUGCUGUUGGGUAUCUGGACAUGGUUGAACAGGGCAUUAUCAGCCUGGGGGACAGGGUAGAUGUAUGUAUACCCACAGGAAACUUUGGAAACAUUCUUGCAGCAUUUUAUGCAAAGGAGAUGGGUAUUCCAUUCAACCGGCUGAUAUGUGCCUCCAAUGCAAACAACAUCCUCACAGAGUUCUUCCAAACGGGGAGGUAUGACCUAUCCCAGCGUACCUUGCUACAAACUACCUCUCCAGCAAUUGAUAUCUUAAAAUCAUCCAACCUGGAAAGAUUUCUCUAUCAUCUCUCUGGGGGUGAUUCUGGAUUUGUGAAAAGUUGCUAUGACAACCUGGCUGAGAGUGGCAGCUUUGAAGUACCUUCUGAGUUGAAGAGUAAGAUUGAUGAGCUGAUUGUUGCUGACUCUUGUACAGAGGAAGAGUGCCACAAAGCCAUCAAAGAAACUUGGGAGCAGACAGGGUACAUGCUUGAUCCUCACACAGCUGUUGCUAAAGUUGUUGCUGAUCGUCAUAGCAGCAACCUUCCAAUGAUCAUCUCAAGUACUGCUCACUUCGCCAAAUUUGCAGACUCUGUUCUCGAUGCCCUCAAUAUUGAGCGUGACAACCUUUCACCAAAACAAUGGUACACAAAACUAAGGGCUUUAAAUACUAGACCUGUUAUGCACAGGGACCUUGAAUCCCAAAUUGAAUUGGAGAGCACUCAUAACACCAUAUUGCAACCAAAUAUCAAUGAAAUUAUGAAGGAAAUUAGAAAGUUCAUAUCAAAAUAAAGCUUAGUGCUUAGGAGGCAUCUAGGAAGUUUGAAUUUAGAUAUAUAGACUGAAGAGCAGGUAUUAUAUCCGAAUAAAUACCGAAGGGCUCUGCACAAACAUUUUCUGUACCCCUUAUCUGAUCUGACGCCUAUAUUACAAUUCGAACAUGAAAACUAAUUUUUUAUCGAAUAUUCAUUAUGGUGCG